AUGUGGAGUUCAAUAGUUGUAGCAAGAAGAGCUUCUCUCAGCAGACUCGCAAGAGGAUCAAAGUCGCGUUCGAUUCAGAAAUCUCAUCUUCAGCCCCAGGUACCUUACUGUCAAACCCUUAUCUCCAUAGAAUCUCCAUUUUCUUCACAUUUCUAUACAUGGGUAGUCGCUCCCACAACCUCCUUUUACCAAAACCCUAGAUUUUUCUCUCACGAUUCAUCAAACCCAACCGAUGAAUUUGAAAAAUCACACAUUGAAUCCACAAAUUCUGAAACCAGUGUAGACGAUGUCGUCAGUGAUAGUCACAAUGUGCUCGACGAAAGUCCUAGCCCAGUUUUACCAGAAUUUGAAGAUCCCAAUUCUUCAAUGAUUUUCGAUGAAAGUAACAAUAUUGAUGCCGAUACUAAUACCCUAAUGGAAGAUGGUUUAGUAUUGAACGAUGGUAAAUCAGGUCAAGAUAACGUGAAUGAGGUUGAUUUGGAGCAGUUAUUAGAGAAUGUACGAUCUUUGCUUCAAAGUCAUGGCAUGGAAGGGUCUUUUGAAUCGAGUCUUGAAAAUAUGGGUUUAACUCUAAACGAGGACUUUGUCAUAAAAGUGCUCAAAACCCCGCUUGUUCCGGGAGAAAAUUUGAUUGGGUUUUUCAGAUGGGCUUGGAAGAAGCCAGAGUUUUCGGUAAAUACAGGGAUUGUAGAUGCUCUUGUUCAGGCAAUUUGUAGUGAUCUUAGAAAGAAAGAUGCAUAUGCUUUGUGGGAUUUGGUUAAGGAAUUAGGCGAGAAGGAGAAUGGCAUGUUGAAUUCAGAGAUUCUCAAUCAGUUGAUAUCUCUGUUGUCAAGGUUGGGUAAAGCGAAGGCUGGGUUUGAGGUGUUUAACAAGUUUGGGGAAUUUGGGUGUGUUCCAAAUCCAGAAACUUAUUAUUUUACAAUUGAAGCUCUUUGUAGGCGUUCUUUCUUUGACUGGGCUUCCUCCGUUUGCGAGAAGAUGCUCAGUGAGAGGAAAUUGCCUAACAGUGAGAAAAUUGGAAGGAUUAUAUUGUAUUUGUGCAAAGUUAGAAAGGCUGAAGAUGCUCAUAAGGUUUACUUGUUGGCAAAGGAGACAGACAACUACCCUCCUCGAGCUUCUGUUUUUUUUUUGAUUGGUGCGUUGAGUCGAGUGGAUAAGACAGUUCACUUAGCUUUGCAGAUGCUGGAGGGCUUCUCAGGAGAAGAAAGGAAAUAUGCAACUAAACCGUUUUCGGUUGUCAUUAGUGGGUUGUGUAGGAUCAAUGAUGUUGAAGGGGCAAAAAAAUUGCUGUUUAAGAUGAUUGAUGCGGGUCCGCCUCCUGGAAAUGCAGUCUUCAAUUCGAUUAUUAACAGCCUUUCCAAGGCUGGAGAUAUGGAGGAGGCAAUGAAAAUAAUGAAAAUGAUAGAGGAUAGGGGCCUCAAACCUGAUGUGUACACUUAUACUGUCAUGAUGAGUGGUUAUGCAAAAGGGGGUGAGAUGGAGGAGGCUUGUAAACUUUUGGCCGAAGCCAAAAAGAAGCACACCAAGCUGUGCCCUGUGACUUAUCAUACACUUGUAAGGGGGUAUUGCAAGCUUGAAAAUUUUGACAAGGCUUUAGAAUUGUUGGGUGAGAUGAAAGAGUAUGUGGGUAAACCUAGUGUUGAUGAGUACCAAAAGCUGAUCCAAUCACUUUGCUUAAAGGCUUUGGAUUGGGAAACAGCAGAGAAGCUGCUGGGGGAGAUGAAAGAGAAUGGGUUGUAUCUCAAUGGAAUCACAAGGGGUCUUAUAAGAGCAGUUAAGGAGAUGGUAGAGGAGGAAGGAGAGGAAGGAGUGGAGGAAGGUGUAAUUGUGGAAGCGUAAGUUAUAAAUUGCUUAGUGAAGGGAAGGAAUCGCCCUUACCAAUUCUGAAACUUCAUUUUCUUCGCCCCAUUCUUUGUCAUGUAAAAGGAAGCUCUUGCUCCUCAUCCGUUGACAUUGUUAAUCUUUUGGACUCCAUGGGUCCUUAAGGUUUUUUUCGUUCUGUAUCUGGGAUGCGUUCCCCUUUUGAAUGCUUUUUAAUUGAUUAUUACUUAUCAAAAAAAUAAAUAAAUUGCUUAGUGAA